ACUUUCUCCAAAUUAAACUUACUACAAUGGUUUUCUCCAUCUCUUCAACAACCAUUCUCAAGAAAAAUUAAUUAAAUUAUUUUGUGGCUAUGGAGAAAACAAUCUUGAGUAAUAAUAAUUACAACAAGUUUGACAAAGAUUACCCUUAUGGAUAUCCAUGGCCUCCAAGGUACUAUACAUGCAGCUUUUGUAAGAGAGAAUUUAGGUCAGCUCAAGCUCUUGGAGGUCAUAUGAACAUCCAUAGAAGAGAUAGGGCUAGAUUAAGAGAACUUUCUCCUAGUAAUACUAAUAAUAACCCAUUAUCAUCUAAUAAUUCUGAUCAAAACCCUAACCAUAAUCCUAACCCAAACCCUAACCCUAAUUUUAACCCAAGUGUUAAUUUUUCAACUUCUUCUUCCUCAACAAACAGCCUCUAUGCUCAACAAUACUCGUUGGUCUCGCUGUCACUUUCAUCCAUCCCACCCUCCACAAAAAAUGGAUGCGAUGAUGAUUCUAAAGGGGUGUUUGGCAAACGGAAGAAUAUGUCUUCAGAUCAAGAAAUUAGGGUUUUAGAAAGUAAUAAUAUUAAUAAUUCUUCUAUUAAGGAAGUUGUAAGGUUGGAUUUGGAACUAUGUCUUAGAGAAGCAAAGGAAGAAGAAAAUGGUGAGCUAGAUUUGGAGCUUAGACUUGGUAUUUAA